AUGAAAAUAAACAAGAAUUUCAGGAUAAAUGAGAUUAAUAAAAUAUAGGCCUAGUCAUGUUUCAUGAGAUCCUAUUUGCCCUGUCUGGAAAUUCCGGUGGAAUUUUUCAGGAUAAAGGCGAUGGUAUUCAGGUGUUUUCUGGUAUACCUUUCAUUUGCAAAGCCGAAGUAGCAAUUCUAAAUGAUUUUGGAAAGUUGGGCACCCAUUUUAGAAACUUUAAGAAUUUCAUAGCCACAUACAGUUCUAUGCUUUCUGUUCAGCAUGCAGCUCUAAAGAGGGAAGAUAAGCUACAUGGAUUAUAUUUAAAGGCUGCUUGUCAUGGUUUAAAUAAUGUCUUGAUGGAUUAUAGACAGACAUUGUUAAAAUUAGAAGAGGAUUUUUGUCAUGACCCUUUUUUACCACUUUCUCAUUAUCUAUAUCAUUUAAAAGAGUUUCAGUUACUUUUUCCUGAGAUAGCAUUAGUUAUAGAACAGAUAAAAUCUCAUAAGGCACAUGGUUGUUAUAUUCUAGAUAUUUUACACCGUGCUUCUAUCUGUGGUCUACCAACAGUAAAACAGACUUUUAAAAGGAUUCUACAUGAUUGUCACAAGGUAUUAUAUAAACAACUAUGUGCCUGGUUAUUACAUGGUACACUACUUGAUUCUUAUAAUGAAUUCUUUAUACAGAAGAUAGAUGGUGAAUCUCAGAACCUAUCAUUGACUAAAUCUACUGAUACAGGGGAUGAUGACUAUGGUAUUAUGGGUAUUACAGGUAGACAGAUGCAGAGAGCUUUAGAUAUUUCUACACCAAAACAUAUACCAACAAAAGAACAUUUAUUUGGAAUCCAAGCUAAUCUAUUACCAGGUUAUAUUCCUAUCAGAGUGGCUUCCAAGAUUCUGUUUGUUGGUGAAUCCAUACAGAUGUUUGAAAAUGAAAAACAGACGUCAAAAAAUUACUCCUCAGAACCAAUAUUAAAGAACAGAAUAGAUGAGUUUACUAAAGAUCUUCAUGAACUGUCCAAGAGAGAGGAAUUUAAUCUGAUGGCAUUUGAAAAGAUUAUAGAUAAAAUAAGAACCUAUGUAGCAGAGCAUCUUUGGGUAUUAAUAGUAGAAGAAUCUGACUUGAGGAACCAGUUGAAGAUUAUUAAGGAUUUCUUUCUUUUGGGUCGUGGUGAACUGUACCUAGCUUUUAUAGACCAAGCUCAACAUUUACUAUCAUCUACUGCUACUUCUACCACACAACAUGAUAUUAAUUUGGCAUUUCAACAAGCCUCUAGAAAUGUUCUGAUGCAAGAUGAGUCUCUACUACAGACCUUUACUUUAACCAUUACAUUAAAGACUGGUUCAACUGAAUCAAGUUCUGCUGUAGAAUCAGGAUGGAACUGUUUAGGAUUACAACAUUCUGUUCAGUGGCCGUUACACAUUCUAUUUACACCAGCUAUGUUAGAAAGAUAUGAUAGAGUGUUUCGCUUUCUAUUAGCUGUAAAACGAGCCCAGUUAGAUAUACAAUCAUGUUGGACACUACAGAUGGUUCAUAAAGAAAAACCUACACAGAAAGAGGAAAUGGCUAAAUUACAACUACGUACUCACAUGGGUUUCCUGGUUGAUAAUUUACAAUAUUACUUACAGGUAGAUGUUAUAGAAUCUCAGUAUGGUAUAUUAUUAGAUAAAAUAAACUCUACUAGAGAUUUUGAGGCUGUGAAAGUAGCCCAUGAGAAUUUCCUAUCCGCUUUAUUAGCUCAGAGUUUUGUUCAUAUGAAAUCUGUGUCCCAUUGUCUACGAGAGAUAUUAGAUCAAUGCACUUCUUACUGUAGAUUAAUACAUAAUUCAUCUACUCCAUUAUUACCACAACAACUACAACAGUUGACAGAUAUAGCCCAGAAAUUCCAGCGUCAGUUUAAUUUAUUAUUUAAAAUACUGUCGAGUGUAAAGAAUCACAAUGCUAGUCCACAUCUAGCUCAGUUAUUAUUACGUUUAGAUUAUAAUAAAUAUUUUACAUUGACUGGUGGACAGUUAGGAUUAUAAAAAACGUGUACAAAUAUUGAAAAGAAAAAUGGUUUAAACAGUGCUAAUGUGUUGCUUUUUGUGAUAAUUCAUAUAUUUAUAAAUUAUUUGAUCAAAUGAAAUGAAAUGAAUGGAGUUUUACGUCCUACUUUUCUGUUUAUUUGAUCAAAAUAAAUUUGAUGUCUGAUCAUUGUUUUCUUUACCCAUUUUAACAUUUUCCAAAGUGCAGCUUCAUUCAAAUCCAAGAAAGGCACGGAAAUUUGAAAUUCAGAUUUGGUUAAUGUAAUAGUAAGGCAGAAAAAGAAAAUGAAUUACAAUUACUUGUUAUUUUUGUUACUUUUUAUUAAAAUAUUCUAAAAU